AUGAGUCGCCAAGUUACAUUUCAUUCAGAAGUCAGUAUCAGCUCAGGAGAAGAUGAGACACUGCGCUUGGCUGUUAUUGGAGAUAGCCGAGUUGGCAAGUCAACCAUCGUUGCAAGGCUUUUCAAACACUGGACUGAGCUGACCAGCUGUUCUAAGCAGAAGGGUAAAACAGGUGCUGAUGCUCUUGGAAUCCAGGGGCGGGAUGUGAUAGUCGACAUCGUGGACACACCAACUAAAAAGUGUCUCUCCUUCAUGCAGAGGCCUCCUUCCUGUGACGUCUACGUGUUGGUCUAUUCGUUGGUGUGUGAUGAAUCCUUCGAGUCCGCCGUAGCAGCCAGGGAGCAGAUCAUCAGGUUAAGAGGACCCAAAGUCCCAAUUGUGUUUGUGGCCAACAAGACAGACAUUGCUGACUCUGUAGACAAGACAGAAAGAGUGUACCGAGAUCUGAACAUCAGCUGCGAGUGGGAAAAUGGACAUGUGGAGAUCUCGGCGGAGAAGGACACCAGUGUCCUGCCAGUGCUUGAACAGAUCAUGAGGAGGCAUCACAAAUAUGUUUCUCCAAUUGAUAGAAAAGAAAAUCUUUCUGGUCUGAAAGGAAGAAUUGUUUCCAUCAAGAAACUCUUUUCAAAGACAAAGCGGGACUGA